AUGCCAAAAUCAUUUUCUGGAUCAACGGCUUUCGACCAUGCAAUGGCAGGAAUUACAGCAGGAGCUGUGACCACGAUAUUAUUACAUCCAUUGGACUUGAUAAAAACAAGAUUUCAAGAUUUGUUCCAAUCUUAUACUAUAGUCGAUGAAUCUACAAAAGAUCAGUUACGAAGACGUAGAUUUGGUGCUACAUUCAUAGAAAUGAAAUCUAUCGUAAAAAAGCACCAAUUUAUUGGUUUAUAUCGUGGCGUUUCAGCCAAUUUAGCUGGUGCUACUGCUAGUUGGGGAUUUUAUUUUUAUUUAUAUGACUUGGUUAAAAGAAGGAUGGCAGAUGGAGAUAAGAUAUCAAAACUUUCUUCUAUACAACAUUUAACCGCAUCAGCCCAAGCAGGCGCAAUAACUGCAAUUAUUACAAAUCCGUUCUGGGUAGUAAAAACGAGAAUGUGUACGUCCAAUCGUACAGAUCCAAAAGCAUACAAAGGAUUAUUUGAUGGAUUGUAUCAGAUAACUAAAUAUGAAGGAAUUAGAGGAUUGUAUAAAGGAAUGAUACCUGCAUUAUUUGGUGUAUCUCAUGGUGCAUUACAAUUUAUGGCUUAUGAGGAAUUAAAAAGGUGGAGAACUAAAAUUAAUCCAGGGAAAGAUCGGGAUAGAUUGGAUAACUUGGAAUACCUUUUAAUAGCAGCUUCAUCAAAAACAUUUGCAACAGUAAUAACUUAUCCAUAUCAAGUUGUUCGGACAAGAUUACAAAAUCAAAGAUUCGAAAUUAAAUACGAUGGUGUUAUAGAUACGAUAAAAAAAGUAUACAAGGCCGAAAGUAUCCUGGGAUUUUAUAAAGGGUUAGUACCCAAUGUAAUACGUGUAUUGCCUGGAACAUGCACUACUUUUUUGGUGUACGAAAAUAUGAGUGCUUUCUUUAGAGAACAUGCUAG